CACACAUCUCACUCAGUGGACGAUCAGACGUCAACAUGUCGCGGGAAGAGAUAUCUAUGCAUAUACUGAGAAAAUUCGUUCUCGACGGCUUUUGUAUUUCCGCACUGAUAAUCCUAAUAUACAUAACCCAGGACAUUUGGAUUUCGUUCGAGCGCGGUUUCUUCUGCGGCGAUGAGAGUCUCAUGUUCCCUUACAAGGACGAUACAGUGACUACUCCAGUACUCAGGCUGUAUGGGCUUUGCCUACCUAUAUUGGCUUUCAUCAUAUGCGAGUGGGUGCUCCUGCGCAAAGACGACGACACCCAGUACUGCUUCAACAUCCCGAUCCCGAAGUGGCUACGAGGCUUCUACUGCGUGCUGGCUUGCUUCGGCUUUGGCACCUGCUUCAUUGAACUUACCACGAAUAUUGCUAAGAACGUUAUUGGAAGACCUAGGCCACAUUUCUUUGAUUUAUGUCGUCCCUCCAUCAACUGCAGCGACCCCGCCUGGCAGCACCGCUACAUUGAGGCAAAUCAAUUCGAGUGUACGGGCACCCGUACGGAGAAGUUUAGCGACAUGCACUUGUCCUUUUUGAGCGGACACUCUGCCUGGUCUGCGUAUACCAUGAUUUAUUUGGCUCUUUACCUCGAGAAGCGCAUGGUCUGGCGAGGCACCCGCGUCAUCAGACACGUGCUCCAGUUCUCAGCGGUUAUGCUGAGCUGGUUCACAGCGCUGUCCAGGGUGUCCGACUACAAGCACCAUUGGAGUGAUGUGCUGGCUGGGUACUCCUUGGGACUGACCUUUGCUGUGGUGGUGUGGACCUGGGGAACAGAUAUCCUGCAACCAAAGAAGAAACACGCUCCCGUUCCACUUCACGAGGUUUCACAUCAACAGAUCGAAGGACCGGCGUGAAAAGAAUCAUUUGUUAUAAGUUAAAUAACUAAGGGAGGAAUCGAGGAGGCUCAUAUAAAU